GCGAGAGGAGCUCCUUUUCGCCUUGGCAAGCCCUCUGCGUGGACAAGAACCUUGGACGUGCGGCAGCCGGGCAACAUGGCGGGCCACUUGGGCGGUGCGGAUGGGUCUGGCUGGUCUGAGGAGAGUGGAGAAGGUGCGGGCGGAGCAUGGCAGCGGGCAGGCAUGCGUGUCUCCUUCCGAGACGAUGUCGGCCUUGCAGCACACGACCGACGAUGGGACGGGGUGGCUGGCGGAGAUGAGGUCAAUGACGAGCCCUAUGUCCAUGGCGAAGACAGCGAGCGGGGAAGAGACCGUCGGGAGCGCCGCGAGAGCGGUGAAGAUGGCGGCGAGCGUGAUGACGACGACGAGUACUCCGAGUCGUCGUCGCAUGUGGCUACGGAUGGCGCUGCGCUGAGCGGCGAGGAUGUGGCCUCGCUCCGCAACGCCUUCCCGGCACGGGCCGGUUGUGUCUUUGGUGUGCCGGAGCUCGCACUCAUUGUUGUGGCUCAGCUUGCGGAUACUGAUCUCUGCACGCUGGCGCAGGUCUGCAAGCUCUUCAACGUUCUGCUCGACGAUCCGUUGCUGUGGCAGCGGCGGUUUCGCGCCCGCUGGCGGCGGGCACGCCCGCAUCGAGUGUGGCGCUGGGCCGAACGGACUGGCUGCUCUCUACGGCAACUGUACGCGGCCGAGGCCGUCCGCGAGCGCGCGCUGCGCGAAGCGCUGACCUUUCAGUGGUUCGAUCCUGUGGCGAAGCUCUGCUACGAGGCGGUGCAGGUUGGCGAGUGCACCUACGAUGUGCGGUACACCACGCUGCGCGAGGCGCAGCUUGGAUUGGUGCCAGAAGAGAUGCGUGGUGGGGGCAGCGCGGGUGCGCCAAGGGUUUACUGGCGCCGUCGGCAACGGCCGCACUCGCGGACUUCGUCGGCGUCGGGCGACGACUCGGGUGACUCGUCCGUCUCGACGCUCUCGUCGCGUGACUCGACGCUCUCGGUCAUGUCGGCCGUCUCGACCGUCUCGGUCAUGUCGGGUCUCUCGGUCCUCUCGGUGGUGACCAACCACUCGGACUCAACCAUUGUGCCGUACUCGCGUGGCCAGCUGGAGAUCGUGACGGCGUCUUCAUUUUCACUCAACGGCAUGGAGUUUGUGCUCGACGAUUCGGAUCCAGACGAGGCCGUCUUCAUCAACAAGCGCAACCGCAAGCAUCGCCUCGUCCGCCUCUCUGGCAAUGAGCUGCUGCGGUUCUCGUCCGACGACGACGAUGCCGACGAUGGUGCGUCGGCCUCGCACGGUUCGGCCAUUCUGCCCAUCGUUGUCGAGGAGGAGGUUGCCUUUGUCGACGACGACGAGUACGACGACCUGCCCUCACCUCCAUGCUCGCCUCCCAUGGCAGAGAGCUACGUCUCGCUGUGAGCUUCUAAGCUUGCGAGGUGCGGUGCUGCAACAAACGACGCCUCUUGUUUGCGGCAAGCCUCAGCGAGCCCGUUCCCGUGCCCGAGCUCGCGCGGCUAGCUGCGAUCGACGGCCACGGCCCUUGCGGCCACGGCCCUGGCGCUUCUUGCUCUUCUUGCCAACCCGCAACGCAGCGACCCGAUCAGUGAGUGUGGCGACGUGUGCACGGAGACCAAGCAGCGCCAGCGCCUGGUCAACACUGGGCGCGAGUCGCCGCGUGGCCGCUGCGUCGUCCAUGACGCUCCCGGCGCCGUGCUCAGCAGUAGGCGCAGGGGCGGCCCUGGAGGCUCGUCGUGGCGGUGAUCGGCGCGGCGAGAGGACGUACCGCUCUGGGCUAGGCCCAGCCAGCGGGUGAUGCGCGCGCAAAUGGGCGAGCUCAGCCGCCAAGCGGUCCCGCUCAGCCGCUGCUCCGGGCUCGUCCGCAUCCACUGCGGAAAGCUCCACCUGCAACCUGUGCAGUCUGUCAAGAUACGCGUCCAUGGCGGCGACAGGCAGCUCGGGUACUUCCGAUGGGAGUCUGGCUGCGACAAUUGAUGGCGCAGCCGUAUACAAUGCUGGUCGUCUCCCAGGCGACCGCCCAGAGGGUGAGCCUUCCAGCCUCUGGUUGUGUGUUCUGUGCCUCUGACCUGUCCUUCUCCGUCCGCCCCUCCGCCGCCGCGCCAGUGACGACGACUUUGACGGCGACGACUUGGAAGGCGAUACCCGGUGCACAGCAGCCCCAGAAGACGGUACAACACCCGCAACCACCGUCCGGGUAUAGGCACGUGCCGAAAGCAUGAGGUGGAGGAGUGUGAGGGCGAGGCCGGGAGGAGGCAGCGUGAGCAAGAGGAGGGGGCUUGGAGGGCGGGAAAGCCCGGUUUGGCGCCAGCGAUUUGAUAAAGGUGGAGGUGAGCCAA